CUCGGAACAGCGCGUGUCUACGGGUGCUGUCCGGGAAUGUAUAAUGUGGGGGUUGGCACGUGAGUGAGCCUGGUUGGUGGUCGCAACAUGACUGAGCCUGCGUGGUAGGUGGCUAUCGUUAUGUUUUGUGGUCACAAAACGUUUACAUUAUUGAAACUCAAGAUUUAAUGUUUUCUUUUCUUUUGAGAAAUAUACAGAAAAAACUAUCAGGUUGACCAAGUUUCGUAAUAACCAUUAAUUACCGAAACGACAUCCUUUCAUGAUUUGUGAGUUUUGUACAAAAGCAGACGAUCUUAUAUACUUCAGUUGAGGGUUAUAUUAGAUAGAGGGUUGUUUUGCAUUUUUUAAUAUUACUCUAUAUGGUAGUAGUUGGUUUGCGAGAUUUAUAGCAAAUAUUAUAUGAUCACUCUUUAGUAAUUAUUCCAACCUAAGCGUUGUAUAUAUGCUUUGCGCAAGGGUACGUAAAAGAAAAUAUUGAUCUAUGAAAAACCAAAAUAUUUUGGACUGGAGUUUUCAGUUCCAUUCCCAUCAGAAUAUUUUAGGCGCUAAGCUUAUUGCUAGAAGUGUCAUCAUGUAGGAUCGUUUUCAAUCAUACAUUGAUGUGGGAUAUCCUUCUUGGCUUAGUCAUCUCUUUUGUUAAUCUUUGUCUUUUGAUUGAAGAAGAUCUUUUAAACAUUUGUAAUUUCAAUAUUCAAUGAGGUAAUAGUGUUAAAAAAGAUCUAUGAAAACCAAAAUGAAUUAUCAUAUAGUUGUGAUUCUGAUCAGUUAUUGCGGCUACCUACCAAAUGAAUGUAAUCUAUAUCAAAACUAUUUUAGAGAUAUUUAUCACUAUUGCAGUUAACUAGAAAAAAUAGUCUUUUAGAAGCUUUGAUUUGAGUUUUUGAAUUUUUCAGUUGCCCAACACGCCCGCUAAAGCUUAUUGUAACUCUACUUUAUCGAAUAAUCGUAAUAUGAUUUUAGUUAGUCUAUGUAGAUUUGAUUCUUAAGUACUACCACACUAAUAUACACAUACAGCUUUAGUUUAGUGAUUAAAACACGAUAAAAUCAUCUGACGGCUGUUGAUGCUAAGCUAACCAAAUCAUUUAGCAUGGUUGGAUUAUCAUAUGGGCUCUCGCCUCCUAGCUACGUUACUACGUACUAGGAGUUUUAUUUUUUCAUAUUGUCUUGGUAGUAACAUAUACUGAUAUACCUCAUAAACAUUACAUGCAACCUUAAACAACAUUGAGCAAGUUAAGUACCAUUGUACCAACGCCAAUUUUUUCGACCAAAAAAAAAAAGUACCAACGCCAAACUUUUCCCCAACAUAUUUAUUAACAGUUUUUUUUCUCAGCGCAUACAAUAACAAUUUAUUAAGGGUCCCAUUUAUUAAAGACCCCAAUUAUGAUUUUUGACACCAAUUAUGAUUUUUGUUUUUAUUGACGAAACUUAUAUUCUUUUAAAAAUUCCAUGUCCAUAAAAACAAAAUCGAACUGACAAACCAUUUGUAGAAAAAGGGUGUUGUGUUUCAGCUCUGCAAUUUCUUGCUUCAGGAGACGGACGAAGUAACUUCAACACUCAAAAAGAUUCUGAAAAUGGCGGAAGAAGGUUUAUUAGCUUGUCCAGAUAAAUCAUCAUCCACUUCACUUCUGUCUGAAAUAUCAAAUGUCUCCACGAGACCUUUUGUUCUUGCCUUCACUGCAUGUUCUUGCGGUGCCUUUUCCUUUGGUUGCAUUGUUGGAUAUACGGCUCCCACACAGUCCAGUAUCAUGAAAGACUUGAAUCUAUCGAUAGCUGAUUAUUCACUUUUUGGAUCGAUAUUGACUGUUGGACUAAUUCUUGGAGCAUUAAUCUGUGGGAAAUUAACAGAUUUGGUUGGUCGUGUCAACACAAUGUGGAUUACUAACAUCCUUGUCAUAAUUGGCUGGUUCGCCAUUGCAUUUGCCAAGGGUGUUUGGCUGCUCGAUAUUGGAAGGUUUUUGCAAGGGAUCUCAGUCGGCAUCAGCUCAUAUUUGGGACCGGUUUACAUCACCGAGAUAGCACCAAGACAUUUGCGAGGAGCUGCUUCUUCCUUGUCUCAGUUAUCUGUUGGCGUUGGUAUAUCCGUCUUGUAUGCACUUGGAACAGUCGUUGCUUGGCGCGAUUUAGCUAUUUUAGGAGCUAUACCUUGUCUUAUGAUUGUGCCUCUUCUUUUCUUCAUCCCUGAAUCUCCUAGAUGGCUAGCCAAAGUAGGAAAGGAAAAGGAGGUCGAGGCCGUUUUGUUAAGCCUACGAGGAGCCAAAUCGGAUGUAUCAGAUGAAGCAAGAGAGAUAGUAGAAUAUACACAACAUGUUAAACAACACCAAGACGUCAAUAGCCAUGAUUUCUUCAAGCUGUUUCAGAGAAAAUACGUGUUGUCACUUACUAUUGGUAUAGUUCUUAUAGCUCUGCCUCAACUUGGAGGUCUUAAUGGUUAUACAUUUUACACUGACUCCAUAUUCACCUCUACUGGUGUAUCCAGUGACGUUGGAUUCAUAUCAACAUCAAUCAUUCAGAUGAUUGGAGGCAUUUUAGGUACUGUGCUUGUGGAUGUAUCCGGAAGACGUUCCCUCCUACUGGUUUCUCAAGCUGGAAUGUUCUUGGGGUGUCUUGCAACGGCCAUUUCAUUCAUCUUGCAGGCAUGCUCAGUAUACUCUACUAUUAACCGAUGGUUUUGUUUCAGUUUUGAUUGUAAUUUCUCUUGUUUUGUUACUUUGCAGAAGAACAAUUGCUGGGAAACAGGAACACCUAUCUUGGCUCUCAUUAGUGUUAUGGUAUAUUUUGCAUCAUACGGAUUAGGCAUGGGACCGCUACCAUGGAUUGUGGCAUCAGAGAUUUAUCCAGUAGAUGUUAAGGGAGCGGCAGGAACAGUGUGUAACUUGGUCACCUCUAUAAGCUCAUGGGUCGUAACUUACUUCUUCAGUUUCUUGCUUCAGUGGAGUUCUACAGGAACAUUUAUCCUCUUUGCCACAGUGAUGUUCCUUGGAUUUGUUUUCACAGCCAAGCUCGUUCCAGAGACCAAAGGCAAAUCUUUAGAAGAGAUUCAUUCUCUAUUCUAUGAUUCACCUCCUGAAGAUUCUACAAUAUUCUAAGAAAUAAAAUAAAAUUAAGACUACCUUUGAAAAACUUUACCUCAAGCUAGCUGUAUCAAGUUUAAUAAGUGUUUGUUGAUAUGGCCAUAGUGGUUGAUUGAUGGCUUGGAUUUGGCCAAAGUAUAUGGAUACUCGUUCCUAAGAUCCUGAACUCGUAGAACUUUUGUAUGCAUCAUCUUCAUCUUCCUC